ACGAGAAUCUUCGGCGUCGACCUCCUGGUGUAAACACGGGAUCGGGUCUUGACGUCCGAAGCAGCUUUAAUAAACCUUAAUUAACUUUAAUUAACUCCCUCCAGAAAAAGAAAGAAAGACCUCUCUCUCUCAGGAUGGGCGACGAGACCUGGGCGAAUAUCCAGCUAGUGAAGAGCAAGAGGGAGAGGUUCAGGGAGAAGUUCAAGAGGCGAAAAGCAGAGCGAGAGACGAUCCUGAACUACGCUGGAGGAGGAGGAGGAGGCAAUGCAACCUCGCUGCAACUCUGCAAUAUUGCAACCUCUUCUUCUGCUACGACUUCUGCCUCGGAUAUUGAGGCGGGCAAGAGUCCCAUUCCCGUCGGCGUUGUGCCAACCACAAGCAGUAGCCAAGAUGACUCUAGUCUCGAAUGUGCCUUGUUAGAGUGUCUGAAUGAGGCCUUACCACCAGUUCAGUCGAUACAGUUGUCAGAAACACUCUCCGCUAAACUAAGAAGAACACUGCCUUCAAAAGCAAUUAAUAACUUGUUGGAGAAGUUUGCAUAUAAAGAACUAAUUAGCAUUACUCAGGGUACCAGUGAAGGGAGGACUUCGUUGACAGUAGUAGCUGUUGAGCACAGCAAAGUAACGGCUGUUCUAGAUGCAGAACACCGAGAGAAGAAAGUUCAGCCCACUGCAGUUGCUGUUGAAGAUGAAAACCAUUCUCCAGAGAAAUCUGAUGAUACUAUCUCAGAGCCUCCUGCAAAGAUUCUUCGUGAAGAGAAGGAGACAAAAGUGGACAAAGAGAAGAGAAAAGACAGGAGAGAAGAUGAUGUUAUGAGUUUGUUGUCAGCGCAGAGUAUAAGAGAACGGGAAACAAAGAAAGUGGGAGAAGAGAUCAUGGAAUUACUCAGCAAACCUACUGCAAAAGAGCAGAGCUUGGCGCAAAGAUUCAGGUCUCAGGGAGGUGCCAAGGUCCAGGAAUUCUGUCCACAUGGCACCAAGGAGGAGUGUGAGAGAGCGACAAAGAAGGGAGGGCCGCAGUGUGGACGCCUCCACUUCCGCAAGAUCAUCCAGAAACACACAGAUGAGUCUCUGGGAGAUUGCUCCUUCCUGAACACUUGCUUCCAUAUGGACACGUGCAGAUACGUCCACUACGAGGUAGACUACACUGGGGUGUCGGGGCAGCAGCAACAGGAGCAAGAGUCGUCCAUGCUGAUGACCAUCCCCCGCGCCCGCCCCGAGGAACGCACCAUCCUCUUCCCCCCUCAGUGGAUACAGUGUGACCUGCGCUUCCUCGAUAUGUCCUUGUUAGGCAAGUUUGCCGUGAUCAUGGCUGAUCCCCCCUGGGACAUCCACAUGGAGCUCCCCUACGGCACCAUGUCAGAUGAUGAGAUGCGGCAGCUGAACAUCCCCAUGAUGCAGGAGGAAGGACUCAUAUUCCUCUGGGUGACUGGCAGAGCCAUGGAACUUGGAAGAGAGUGCCUUAAGCUCUGGGGCUAUGAACGUGUGGACGAAAUCAUCUGGGUGAAAACCAACCAGCUUCAGCGCAUUAUUCGCACAGGCAGAACAGGCCAUUGGUUGAAUCACGGCAAGGAACAUUGUUUGGUGGGAAUGAAGGGAAACCCCAAAGUAAACAGAGGCCUGGACGGGGAUGUCAUUGUGGCUGAGGUCCGUGCCACGAGUCACAAACCGGAUGAAAUCUACGGCAUCAUUGAGCGUCUCUCCCCCGGCACGCGCAAGCUAGAACUCUUCGGGCGGCCUCACAAUGUGCAGCCAAAUUGGGUGACCCUCGGCAACCAGCUGGAGGGUGUAAAUCUCCUGGAGGAAGACCUGGUAAAGGCAUUUAAAGAGCGAUAUCCAGACGGCAUAUGUUGCAAGCAGACGCCCCAGUAGUGUGACCAUUGAGUGUCGAGAUCCCGGCGUUUAUCUUGGUGUUUCGGAACGCGCCCAGGUGACCAAGAUGGAGGACAGUGUAGAGCUAUAUUUUACCAAAGUAUAAUCAUUGGAAAAAUUCUCUGUGGAAUUGCGUAAAGAUUUUUUAAAUAAUGCCCUGUGAAUGAAAAUUCUGCUGUAAUAUUUGUGUAUUGCUCGUCGCCUUGGAUUAACAUUAUUGGCACUGAUUAUUGUCAGCAGUUGGAGAUUUUGUUACUAUUCGUUAUUAAAAUGUAAUUUUUA